UAUAUUUAAUAUAUGAAUACUUAUUAUUAGCACCUAUAUAACGUUUGCAUAAGAAAAAAAAAAAAAAUGUUUUAAAAAUUCAUAGUAGGUAGUUUUAAAAAGCGUCGGAAAAAACCAGUAAAAAGUUAUGGAUGAACAGGGAUUUUACUUCUAAAGUAUUUUAAUUAGAUAUUUAAUAGUUAUUUUGUUGUAAUCUAAUAGUUUUUUGUAUACAAAGUUAUAUAUAUCAUUGAAUUCAAAGUUAACACCAUCCAUUACAAUUUACAGUGACCUUUUUUUGAAAUGUGCAUAUAAUUCUAAUAGUUACUUAUUACAUAACCUUUAAAUUAAUUAUUAUGGUAAUGAUAGGAGAGACAUUAAAAAUAAAGUGGAAAAAUUUGAGGGAUUCAUAUCAAAAAUAUUUAAGAGCUAAUGCAACUAUACAACUGGACAAGCUGAAGGCGCAUCAAAGGGAAGACAUUUGGACCAAUAUAAAAAAUAUAAUUGGGCGAAGUCUUUGGAGUUUUUAAGACCACAUUUAAGUUUUGCUACUACAAUGUCAAAUGUUCGAGAACAAGUAGAGGAAGACGUGCUCAAUGACACCGAAUGCAGUCGCAACGAAGAACAGUUGGAUGGUAGCUUUUCAGAGACUUUACCUCCAAUCAAUCCUCCUGCUUCUUCAACUCAAAAUAAAUGUGUGCGUAGAGAAAGACAAAAAGAGAACACGGUGUCUAACAUUGACAAAGUUCUUGAGAAUUUAAAUAAAAAACAAAAAGUCACCACUAGUGCACUUGAUGCUAUUGAAAUGCUCAUGCUUGGCCACGCAAAAACAAUAAAAACAUUUUCUCCGAGAAGGCAAGCUACUGCGAAACAACAAAUUUCUAAUAUUAUUGGGAUUUUAGAAAUGGAUCAAAUUGAUGAAAAUGAAAAUUACCAUGGCUCCCUCUCAACUAACCAGCACGGUAUCCAUCAUGAGGACCGCGAUUACCCUGCUACAACUGACCAGCACGUGGUUAAUUAUCGAUCAAAUAAUGAAGACGUGGUCUAUCAUGAGGACCGCGAUUACCCUCCUACAACUGACCAACACGUGGCUUACCCAACUCAAACGCAAAACACUGAUGCUAUUAAUUUAUCAGUUGAAAAUUGUGCACAAACUUACACAAAUCUUGGUCGUUAUUCAUGGUAAACAAGUAUUGUAUAUUUUUUAUUUCUUAAACGUAAUUUUAUUACAAUUUCUAUUAUGAACAAUGAACAUGGGUUAU